GCAUACACUGUGAGGACACAAUCAACAGGAGAAGGCGGGUGGGGCAGGAGCCAGGCUGCCCCAUACCCAUUGGGUUCCGGAGGGACCUGGGCCUGGACCUCCUUCCCAAGCCGUCCUCUCGGCUGUAGAGCUUCCUUGGGCAUCUGAGUCCCUGCUGGUCCUCAUUCCAUUUCUGCAGCAUCCCUGAGGCUGAGGGACACCAGCUUCACGGAGACCCCACCCCGCUUCCUGUGUGAUUUCUCAGAGGGUGCACGCAGGCAGCCCACGGCCCCAGCGUGGCAGAACAAUGUUUCAUUUAACAGCAUGGUCAUUCGCCAACAUUUGCCAAUCAAACGGUUUUACCUAAACUUCCAACUCCCCAGCUAACUUACUGGAAGAAGUGGCCACCCACGGUCUGUGUGUUUACAGGGCAACAAAGCUGCCCUUUAUAUAAAGCCCAGGUGCUGGGUCCACCACUGUCCCCACAAGCCGAAAUCAAGUAUCCUCUUUGGCAGCCAAGUCCCUGCUCUAGAAAAAGUGAGUCAUCUGGGAGACGUGGGUCCUGCCCACCUGAUCAUCUUCCAGAUCGAGAUGCAGUGGCAGGAGCCUCUGGAGUUAACUUGCCUGCCCCGGCCAAGCAGCAAAGUGUCUCCUCUAGUGUUUCUAACUCAUGGACUGCACCCAUUUCCGCCCGCCCCGCCAGGCUCUAGGCUUGACAGUUCAAGGCUGGUCUACCCAGACACCCUCCUGAAGGAAACCAAGGACUGGCAACAGCUAUGGUCCCCGAGGAGGGGAAACGGGACAGCAGCUAGAGGGAUGCUGAAGUGUCCAUCAGUGCCACGUAGUGUACACGCUGUGGCCUGGUGUCCCAAGGCUGAUGGCUGUGACCACGUCUGUCAGCUCCUCUGUGAAAGUGUCCCGUUGGGAUAUUCACAGACAUUCACAGAAGAGGGGCAGGAGCAAGUCUUUUUCAGUUGCACAUGUCUGACUCCUCUCAUAGAGUUAGGUCCCUCUCUCUCUGUCUUCUGUCUUCUCUUACCUUCCCCUGCUUGGUUUGCUUACUUCCCCUUUAGCUCUAGUCCCACACCCAGUCCCAGCUCUCCACGGUAUCCGUGCUGGUGUGCUAGAUAUGUCCCUAGACAUAGUAGCUCGGUAAAAUGUGCAGCAUUCUUGUGGAUACGUGUUUUCAAAAAUUUGCUUAAAUUUGGCCAGGCAUGGUGGCUCAUACCUGUAAUCCUAGCACUUUGGGAGGCCAAGGUGGGGGUGUGUGGGGGGGUCGGAUUGCCUGAGGUCAGGAGUUCGAGACCAGCCUGGCCAACAUGGCGAAACCCCAUCUCUACUAAAAAUACAAAAAUUAGUCAGGCGUGGUGGCAGGCGCCUACAUCCCAGCUACUCGGGAGGCUGAGGCAGGAGAAUAGCUUAAACCCGGGGGGCAGAGGUUGCAGUGAGCCGAGAUCGCGCCUUUAUUCCAGCCUGGGUGACAGAGUGAAACUGUCUCAAAAAAAAAAAAAAAAAAAAUUGCUUAAGUUUAAAGCCAGGUGUGGUAGUUCAUGUCUGUAAUCCCAUCACUUUGGGAGCCUGAGGCAGGAUCACUUGAGGUCAGGAGUUCAAGACCAGCCUGCGCAACACAGCAAGACCCUGUCUCUACAAAAAAUUUUUAAAAAUUGGCCAGCAUGGUGGCACAUGCCUGUAAUCCCAGCACUUUGGGGAGGCUGACUUGGGAGGAUCACCUGAGGCCAGGAGUUUGAGAUCAGGCUGGGCAACAUACUGAGACCCGUGUCUCUACAAAAAACAAAAAUCAAAAAAUUAGCUGGGCAUGGUGGUGUGUGCCUACAGUCCCAACUGCUUCAGAGGCUGAGGCAGGAGGACUGCUUGAACCCAGGAGUUCGAGGCUGCAGAGAGCUAUGAUCACACUACUGCACUGCCUGGAUGACAGAGUGAGACCCUUUCUCUAAAACAAAAAAAAUUUUUUUUGCUUAAAUCAUGUAGUGUUGUAAACCUUGUUUGGCUUCUUACCUUUUUCAGUUAAGAUUUUUUUUUUUUGAGACAGAGUCUCACUCUGUUGCCCAGGCUGGAGUGCAGUGGCGUGAUCUCAGCUCACUGCAACCUCCACUUUCUGGGUUCAAGCGAUUCUCAUGCCGCAGUCUCCUGAGUAGCUGGGAUUACAGGUGAACACCACCAUGCCCAGCUAAUUUUUGUAUUUUUAGUAGAGAACGGGGUUUUACCAUGUUGGCCAGGCUGAUCUGGAACUCUUGACCUCAAGUGAUCCACUCGUCUUGGCCUCCCAAAGUGCUGGGAUUACAGGCGUAAUCACUGCGCCUAGCCAAGAUUUGGUUUUUUUAGAGGGUUUUACUUUCAUGUGAAUAGUAUCUUGUACUGUUGGACAUUUUUACCAUGUGUAUGGAUUAUACUUACAAAAGAAAAGAACAACAUAAAUAAAAAUAAACUGAAAGUUGGAGGAAGUAAAUGAUAAUCUAAAGCAGCAGACCCUCCUCAGCCUACUUUCUCCCCACUGGCUAAAUUCACACCCUCCAGACCAACACCACUGUCCUGGGGGCAGGUGGAUGGCCACCUCCUUCCCUAGGACGCAGGAUGUUGCCUGAACCAGGGUGGCCAUGAGCGGGACACUUACGGGCCUCGGGGCAGCAGCACUUGUCUGGGCAGCAGGGGCACCUGACGUAGCAGCAGCAAGUGUGCGGGCAGCACUGGCACCAGCAGAUGCCCAGGAGGAGGAAGAUGAGGAAGGCAGCCAGGCACACCACAACCACGAAGAGCCAGUCUGCAGAAAGAGAACAGGCCCUGAGCCCGGAGGCCUGGGAGGGAACAGGGCCAAUGGCACAGCAGGGGCACAUGGUGCGGAGCCAGCACUGAGGUCGGGGACGAUUUGCAAAGCUCACCAAGGAACCUGCAGCCCUGGCUGGAUUUUUUGUGCCAGAGGCUGGGCACAGCACACUCCCCAUUCUACCAUCCCGGCCAUUCCCCAGUUAGGGCCCUCCCCCAGGUGCAAAAACACAAGGCAGAAGACAAGAGGCGGCCUGCACAGAGGGAGACAGGCUGCAGCCCCCAGACCAAAGAGAGAGCCAGCUGCCCAGAUGCCACACCCUCAAGAGCACCGCAGGUGCCAGUCACAGAGCCCCGGCCUGCACCCCAGGUUCUCCUCACCCAGCCUAGCCUAGGCCCAGCGCCAGGCCACUAGAUGCCUCAGAGCCACAGUCAGGCCAGGUUAGUGAGGGGUCCACAGUGAGCAGGGUUUAGUGGGGAAGGGGAUACUAACUAGAGUCAGAAGCAGUAGGUGAUAUAUGGGAGCUCCUGAGAAACCCAACUCAGGAUCCACCCCCCGUACCUUCCAUGGGGCCCGCCUGAAAACCAGGUAAGAGCUCAGCCACCCCUGAGGUCCUCCCUGGAGGGACAAAAGAGAAACAGAUUAUGCUGGCCAGAGCCAGCCCAGGCUGAGCCGCCCCCGAAAGCCCAGCUCCAGGCUGGUCAAGUGCAAGGUGUGCCCUGAACCGGGCAGGGGCUGGGGGCUGAAGCCCUAGCGCAUGGCUCCUACCCUCCACCUGCCGACAUGUGGGUGCUUAUAGGUAAGAAACUCCCAUUGCAUAAUCCACCUGUGUCUCAUGCCACGAGGGCUCCAAUACAAAUCCCAGGGGGUUCUGAGGGCUCUACCUCAGCUUGGGCACCCUAAGUUUUUCUCAUUCAUAGGUCUUAGCACCCCAAAGGGCUCCAACCACGGUGAUAGGGAUGUCCUGUUCCAGCAGGCACAGUGCCCACGAAAUAGGAUCUCAGCUCUGUCGCCCAGUCUGGAGUGCAGGGGUGUGAUGAUGGCUCACUGCAGCUUCAACCUCCUGGGCUCAGGCGAUCCUCCCACCUCAGCCUCCGGAGUAAGUAGCUAGGGCUACAGGCAUGUGUCACCACACCUGGCUGAAAUGGUUUAAUUUUACUUUACAAAUCUGAAAAAAAAUUAACACUGAAUAUAUAGUAAUAAACUCUUUGUGACAACAUAAUCACAAAUUUUUUUUAAAACAGGAAGGGACCCAUGAAGGCAAAAAUGCCCACAUAUGAAAGUCAUAUGCAGUCCUAGUUCUGGGACCCACAAGGUCUCCAUCUCUACUCGUGCACUGUCACAUUCAUGCCUCUCAGACCUGGUUCUUGUCUUCCCUCGAGUGCCCCUGGAGCUCUGAGCCCCACCAGCGUUGUGUCUCAGGGGCCUCCACAGGCCCAGCUCUGCACCCACGAAGCCCUCCCCAGAGCUCAUGCACUUGGCACUAUAGGCCCUUGCAACACGACAGAGGCAUGUCAGUCACAGCUCUCAAAGUGUGGUCCUGUCCGCAAGGCCAAAAGAAGAAUUUUUAGAAUAACACUAAGAUGUUAUUUGCCUUUUUCACUUGUUCUCCCAUGAAUGUCCAGUGGAGUUUCCCAGGCUCCCUGAUGCCAUCAUCGCCCUGAUGCCUAAUGGACUAUAUGCUUUGUGUGUGUGUUUGUGUUUCUUGAGCCAGGGUCUCUGUCACUCAUGCUAGAGUGCAGCAGCAUAAUCAUGGCUCACUGCAGCCUUGACCUUCUGGGUGCAAGCCAUACUCCUGCCUCAGCCUCCCAAGAAGCUGGGCUCACAGGUGCAUGCCACCAUACCUGGUUAAUUUUAAAAUUUUUUGUUGAGUCGGGGUCUUGCCAUGUUGCCAAGUCUUGCUUGUGUAUCUUGGGCUUGAAAAAUCUCCCCAUUUUAAUUCCUAAUACGUUAAGCAACAGAUAGACAUAAAACCCACAGAAACAAAAGC